AUGUCUGAAACUCUUGGGCAAUGUUCUCUAAACAGUGUAGGGGUUGUGAACACUUUUAUGGGGAUUCUUAUACAAUCCCUAUUAGCAACUCAGUGUCAGAUAUCGCCGGCUAGUCAAUGGCCACUGGAUUUUGCAGCAGAAGCUUUAGAAAAUGAUUUACAGGCUUACGAUUUUGUGGUGGUGGGAGCUGGUUCAGCAGGAUCUGUUGUAGCCAGUGAGUUAAGCAGAAUUGCGAAUUGUAUUGGUGUUGGAGGAAGGUGUUGAUCCACCACAAGAAUCGGAGGUACCCAGUUUAUUUUAUGCCCUACAACACACAGACUACGUUUAUAAUACUCCGAUACAAGCAAAUGGACGUUCUUGUAAGGCCUAUAAGAAUGGGCAAUGUAGUUCGGGCCGUGGUAAACUUAUUGGUGGCAGUGGCUCUAUAAAUGCCAUGCUUUAUGUGCGUGGCAAUCGUGCAGAUUAUGACGGUUGGUUGGCUGAAGGUAACAAAGGUUGGGGUUACGGUGAUGUCUGGCCAUAUUUCGAAGCUUUAGUAAGGCCCGAGGGCAAUAUAACACAUCCUCAAGGUUAUUUGACUAUAAAUGAAUUUCCCCUAUAUGAUGAGGAUAUUUUUCAAAUGAUUUAUAAUGCUGGCGCAGAAUUAGGUCUCGCUCAUAUAGAAGACUUCAUAGAACCCUUUUACACUGGUUACGCCCAGGUCAAGGGCACUAUAGAAAAUGGCCAUCGGGCAAGUACAGCCAAGACAUUUUUGAGUAGAGUCUCGCAAAGAUCUAAUUUACAAGUUAUUAAAAAUGCCCGUGUAACCAAGUUGAAUUUUGAUGCUAAAGGUAAACGGGUUUUAAGCAUAGAUUUCAUAGUUCAAGGUUUACAUUCCUUAAAUGUCAAAGUUAACAAAGAAGCUAUAUUAACCGCUGGUAGCAUAGGUACUGCUCAACUACUUAUGUUGUCUGGAGUGGGUCCGUUAGAGGUUUUGCAACCCUUAAAUAUACCUGUUAUACGCCAUUUACCUAUAGGUCAGAAUUUACAAGAUCAUGUUAUGGCUGGUUUUUUUGUGGCCUUGGAUGGUCAAUCAAACGAUCCUAGUCAAAUGUUGGACACACUUUUUGAAUAUUUAGUGCAUAGCAAGGGUCCCUUAAGUGCUCAUGGUGCCACUUCGCUGGUGGGUUUUAUGAAUAGCGAUCCCACUAGCGACAGCCCCUAUCCAGAUGUAGAAAUAUAUCAUGCAGCAUUCAGCAAAGGUGACAUUAUAGGCAUGAGUGUUUUUACCCAAGCCUUUUCAAUGUCACAGGAAAUGGUGGCAUAUUUUAUGAAUACCAUACUUCAGCACGAUAUUUUGGGAGUAUUUAUGAUGUGUCUACAUCCAAAAUCUAGAGGCUCUGUAACUUUAUAUUCCUCUUCUUAUCUGGACGAACCCAUUAUCGAUACAAAUUAUCUGCAGCAGUCGGAAGAUUUGCAAGUCCUUUUACGUGCCGCCAAAUAUAUGGAACGCUUGGAAAAUACCACCGCUUUCCGUCAGAGAAAUGCUCAUAUUUUACAUAUACCUAUAGCAGAAUGUGAUGUCUAUGAUUUAAAUCGGCGGAUUAUUGGAAAUGUUAUAUUUCCUAUUACACUAUGAGUGGUUAUCAUUAUGUUGGUACUGUUAAAAUGGCACCAAGUAACGAUACAUCGUCCUGUAUAAAUCAUCGUUUGAAAGUUAAAGGUUUUAAAAAUUUGCGUGUUGCGGAUGCUUCCAUAAUGCCCUUAAUCACCAGUGCCAAUACUAAUGGACCAACUGUAAUGAUUGCUAAAAAAGCUUCGGAUAUGAUUAAAGAGGAUUGGAAG